GUACUACCGUAGUAACUACGUGGUCGCAAUAGUACAAAAAUGUAAACAUGCACAGAUAAUUUUGGGUUAUUUUUCUCCAAUUAGUGUACUAUUAGCUAAUUAUUUAGUUUAAUUAAAACUAAAAAAAUAUCUAGAUAAUUAAUUAGGGUUAGUUUAAGCUAUCUGUGGUAAAAGUUUCAUUAAAAAUAUUUUUUUGUAACCGGAGUGAACAUAGGCAGAAGCGUCGUCAAGCGCAGAAUUUCAAGUCCGUAAUGGCGGACGCUAAUAAUUUUGGAAGUUUCGUGAUUCUAUUGUUCUGUUUUUAAGGAUUUUACUUGGUUGUGGGUUUGGGAAUGAGUUUUGUCAUAAGUGAACGUAUACGGAGUGUUAAUAUCGUGAUAGUGAUAUGAAAUGUUCAGUUAUAUCGUGACAAAAGCGCCUUCUAGAUAUGUAACCUUUUCCCUAACCUCGUUUACGCCAAUGGAGUAGAUAUGUGAUCGAUGUGUGUGCGUCGGUGAACGAUAAUUCGUCCGUUUCGCGUUACGUUUUGUGUAUAGUUAAUCUUCUUGUUAGUGAUGGAAGUGUCCGCGUCGCGGUUUUGCAAUCCGACGCCCGAUUCCGAUGUAACGUAAGCGAGCCGGUCGAUCGCCAGCGCGAGUGUAAGCAGGGACGGCCGUUGCCAGCCGAACAUGGCUGCGACGCAGGCAGAGUCUCAGCGUAGCGAAGCAAACGUUGAGCAGAAUCCAUCUGAGCAGCUCAGUGAAUCUCGGAACGCUUUAUUGCAAAACGGCACCGACAAGUCCGUCGGGCGCGUUCCGCCCGAUGGCGUCGUGAACACAAAGAGCAAAUCGCCGAUGUCGGCCGAACCGGGGCAGCCACGCGACAGUGGCGAGGCGCCCGGCCACGACCGAGGCGUAGACAGGCCAGUGACGGACCAAUACGGCCAGUAUAGAUACCCAGAAGGCGCGGAUCCUUAUUACGCGCCACGGCCAGGUUUUCCCGGCAAACCGCGACCUCCGCCGCAGCAGCCGCGAUUUUUCCCGGGACAAGCGGUGUCGCAGGCACCUGGCCCCACGCCCACGCUGAAUUCGUUAUUGCAAUCGAGCGGGGCGCCGCCACACCGCUACCCUAACAGUUAUGAGCAGCCGCCGGCGGGCUAUGGCCCGGCACCCGGCUGGCCUCAACACAGGCCUAUGCCGCCUUACAACCCUCAAGGAAGCCCAUAUAGAAAUUCUACGCCGCCUCGGGGCUACGGUGGGCCACCUUACGCAGGUGCCCCGGGCGGUCCUCAACAACCCCCGGGUGCAUAUGGCCCACCUGGAUCGUACCCACAGAGGUACCCACCGCCAGGACCCCCAGGAGCACCUAACUCACGACCGCCUUUCUCACCACACCAGGGCUAUGAGCGAGGCGGUUCCCCUCAGCCACCAACGCAGCCACCGGGUGCGCCUAGCCCAGGCGCAGGGCAAAGCGCGCCCGGUGCCAUGUCGCCAACUCAGGAUACGCAGCACCCGCCCCAUAUGCCGCCGCAUGGGGCUCAACCACCGCCACACCAGGGCUACCCGCCACCGCCCAGGCCAGCGCAGCCGUCCACGCCAAACGCACAUGAUCCUGAUUCUGAUCUGACCGGUCAGAACAGCAAUGACUCGGGCGGAAGCGGCGGCGCAGGGCGCGCUACCACGCCGCACCUGAGGCCGACGCCAAGCCCAACAGGCUCCAGUGGCUCACGCUCCAUGUCACCGGCUGUUGGCACGCAGAACGUAGCGAUGCCGCCGCGAACGUCGUCGUCGCUGUCUGAUGGCAGCGGGCCGACGGCGCGGCCGGGGCCGGGCGGCGCAGCGGGCGCGCCCACGCCUGGCGGUGGGCCGCCACCUGGUGCGAUGGUGGCGCAGCCCUACGCGCACCACCCUGGGUACAAGCCGCCGCACUACCCGCCGCCGCAGCCCUACGGCUACCCGCCGAGAAACCACCACCCCUAUCCGUAUGGAUACCGCCCGCCGCCGCCACCGCAUCCGCCACAGCACUACCCUCCUCCUUUGAAGCAGCAACCACGGCACAUGGGUCCUCCAGGCCCGGGUGGGCCGGGUACUCCUGGAGCUCCUGAGGGAGCUAUGCCACCGCCGACAGCGCCAGCCGAGCCACAUGACAAUGGGCCGGCUGCGCCCGCCACUGCGCUCGUCACCACCGGACCAGACGGCGCACCGCUAGAUGAAGGCAGCCAACAGAGCACGCUCAGUAACGCAUCCGCAGCUUCAGGAGAAGAAGCAUGUGGCGGCGGGUCGGGCUCGAGUAAGGGAGGAUCUCGGAAAGAGUACGGCGCGGGCAGUGCGGCGCCGUCCCCGUCGCCGGGCGGCGGGUCGCACUCGUCGCUGCACGACGACUACGACGCCUCGCCCUCCUCGUGGCCGCGCCCGCCCUCUAGUCCCGUAUUUAACAGUCACAUUGCGCCGGAGUCCUACAGAUCAAAGGCUGAAAAUUCAAGGCGACGUAUAGGAGAGUCUUCGUCAGGCCCGAAGUCGGACUCGCUGGGCAAGCUGUACGAGAUGGACGACGCGCCCGAGCGGCGCGGCUGGGUGGAGCGCCUGCUGGCCUUCAUGGACGAGCGCCGCACGCCCAUCGCCGCCUGCCCCACCAUCUCCAAGCAGCCGCUCGACCUCUACCGCCUCUACCUGCUCGUGCGCGACCGCGGCGGCUUCGUCGAGGUGACAAAGAAUAAGACGUGGAAGGACAUUGCGGGGCUGCUGGGUAUCGGCGCAUCGUCUUCAGCCGCGUACACGUUGCGAAAGCAUUACACCAAGAACUUGCUUGCGUACGAGUGCCACUUCGACCGCGGGGGUAUUGACCCACAGCCCAUCAUCAACCAAGUUGAAGCCUCCACUAAGAAGAAGAGCGGGAAGUCCAAUAGUACAUCUAGUACAGGGUCAUCGAACUCGCAGGAGUCGUUCCCGAGCGGCGGCGGCGGUGGCGCGCCCAUGGACGGCUACGGCGCGCAGUACGCCGGGUACCCGCCGCAACCCAACCACACGCAAGGCGGUGGGCCUGGCGGUGACAACCUCGCCGCCUCCAAUCCGUUCGACGAGCCGCCGGGGCCCAGGAGACCCCCAGGUUACCAACAAGGAGGUUACGGGUACGAAUAUGGAUCUCCCUACCAGCAAAAUAGGCCUGUGUACCCAGCCUAUGGGCCCGAUGGAGACAGAGGGUACCGUGGCGGGUCAGUGGGCGCAGUGGGCGGCGUGGGCGGCGGCGGCGGCGAGUACCAGCAGUACGGCGGCUACGGCGGCGCCUACAGGGGCGCAGCGCCCGGCGCCGCCACGCCGCCGCCUGCGCAGCCCUACCCCGACUACUACCGCGCGCAGCAUCCGCAGCACCCGCAGCAUCCGCACCCGCCGCAUCCGCAGCAUCCACAACAUCCGCAGCAUCCGCCGCACCCGCCCAUCUCGCCGCAACAACCGCCGCACGAGAUGUCUGGCGGGGCGCAGUCCGUCAGUAACUUAUUGAACUCGCAGCUCGCGCGGCAGCUGGUGGCGCCGCUGUCGCCGACGCCCAGGCCCUACUAUGGGGGCGGUAAAGCCAUCGGAGCCGGGGCUCCCCCGGCGGCCGGCGCGCCGCGACGGCAUCCAGACUUCGCCAAGGGAGAACCUGCCUACGGAGGCGCGGGGGCCGCGCCUGGGCCUGCACCCGGUGCCGCUGGGGCUGGGGCGGGGGCCGCGCCCGGGGCCCGGUUUGGGGCCGCGUGGGGCGCGUCAUUCCCCCGCGCGCCGGCGCCACCCGCGCCCGCCGCGCCCUGGCGCCCACAGCCCGGGGCACCGCAACCGCCCAACUGGACGCACCCGCCCUACUCCAAUACGCCAAGUGGAGGUCCUGCGUGGGGUGGCGCUCCAAGGCCGCCUGCACAAGACCCUUACAAUUCGACUGCGCCAUCACCAGGCUCUGCUCCUGUUCUGACUGCUCCUGGACAAUUAAAACGGGAGCUAACAUUCCCUGCCGAGUGUGUGGAGGCGGCCGUACCGACUGGAGAAAAACGAAGAAGACUUACUAAGGCUGACGUAGCGCCCGUCGACGCGUGGCGUAUCAUGAUGGCGCUCAAAUCCGGGCUGUUGGCAGAGACUUGCUGGGCGCUCGAUAUACUCAACAUACUGCUGUUCGACGAUAACUGCAUAGGAUACUUUGGCCUACAACAUAUGCCAGGCUUACUUGACUUAUUACUGGAACACUUCCACAAGAGUUUAAGUGACGUGUUUGAUGCGCCAUCGAAUGACGAGGGACCCUGGUACGCGCCACCUCCCAGUCCCGAACCUGUCGUGAAGAGCGCGAAAACUAAAAGAGAACCGAGAGAACCUCCCGACCCCGCCGACCGAGUGCGCAUACUGAACGGAGAGAACUACACCAUGGAGUCGCGGCGGCGGCAUCCCGUCGUCUACAAGCAGGACGACGAACUGUUCGCGCCUGACGACGGGGAUGAGCGCGAGCCGCUCGACGACGACGUGCUGGAGCCCUGGCAGUUCGGCGGAGACUGCGCCGGCGCCGCGCACGUGUUGCCCGUGUUCCGCUCCGAGUUCCUGCACCUACCCUUCGUGCGCGUCAUGCCCGGCCAGCGCGCCGCCACCGACCCCGCGCCCGAGCCGCGUGUGCCCUCGCCCGUCGCAGAGCCUGCGCCCGAACCCGAACCCGCGCCGCCCGCCGCCACCGAGCCCUCGGGCGACAACCUGGCGCCCGAGCCCAUGGAGCUGGAGCCGGCCGGCCGCCUGGCCGUGCGCGACCCGGCCGGCGUACUGCGGCGCCGGCGUCUGGCGGACUACGAGGACGAGUGCUACACGCGGGACGAGCCCAGCCUCAACCUCGUCGACGAGACGCGCGACGCGCUGGCGCGCCGCUGCAUCGCCCUGUCCAACAUCCUGCGCGGGCUGACGUUCGUGCCGGGCAACGAGGCCGAGUUCAGCCGCUCGGGCGCCUUCCUGGCGCUGGCCGGCAAGCUGCUGCUGCUGCACCACGAGCACGCGCCGCGGGCCGCGCGCGCGCGGGCCUACGAGCGCGCCGCCAGGGACGACGCCGACGCGCGCGCCUGCUGCUCCUCGCUGCGCGGCGGCGCCGAGUGGUGGUGGGACGCGCUGGCGCAGCUGCGCGAGGACGCGCUGGUGUGCUGCGCCAACAUCGCCGGCGGCGUGGAGCUGGCCGGCCAGCCCGAGGCCGUGGCGCGCCCGCUGCUGGACGGGCUGCUGCACUGGGCCGUGUGCCCCGCCGCCGUGGCCGGCGACGCGCCGCCCGCCGCGGCCGCGGGGUCGCCGCUGUCGCCGCGCCGCCUGGCGCUGGAGGCGCUGUGCAAGCUGUGCGUCACGGACGCCAACGUGGACCUGGUGCUGGCCACGCCGCCGCGCGGCCGCCUGGCGGCGCUGUGCGCGGGGCUGGCGCGCGACCUGUGCCGGCCCGAGCGGCCCGUGGUGCGCGAGUUCGCCGUGAACCUGUUGCACUACCUGGCGGGCGCGGGCGGCGCGGCGGCGCGCGAGGUGGCGCUGCACGCGCCGGCCGUGGCGCAGCUGGUGGCCUUCAUCGAGCGCGCCGAGCAGACGGCGCUGGGCGUGGCCAACCAGCACGGCGUGGCGGCGCUGCGCGACAACCCGGACGCCAUGGGCACGUCGCUGGACAUGCUGCGGCGCGCCGCGGCGACCUUGCUGCGGCUGGCGGAGCACCCCGAGAACCGGCCGCUGAUCCGGCGCCACGAGCGGCGCCUGCUGUCGCUGGUCAUGUCCCAGAUCCUGGACCAGAAGGUGGCGCACGAGUUGGCCGACGUGUUGUUCCACUGCAGUCAGUCGCGCGCGGACGCGGAGCCCGAGUAGCGCAGUGGUGCCGUGAGUGACACUGAGUGACGUUAGUGCUGCGGCGAGUGCCGAGUGUGUACAUAUAGUGAUACGGACGGACGCGGUGCGUGCUGUGACUGUCUCAGACUCCGACCUCAUUUAUAGCGGUGUCUCAACGUGUUAGGCUGUACGAUCCGAUUUUGUUAUUUAUGUCCAUGAUGAUUUAUUUACAACAAGAAUGUCAAUGUGCUAUAAUCGAUUUCUAUUGUUCGAUUGUGAAAAGAUGUAUUAUAACACGUAAUUUUGAUUUUUAUAAUAAAAUGGGACUUGAAUCUG